AUGGUGGCGUUGAUGGCGGAGGAGCCUGCCAAGGUUGGCACCUCAAUCUGCUUGGAGAUGGACCAGUGGAAGAUGGUGGAGACGACACAUUUGAGUGCGUCAGACCGGUUUAUACCCCAGACCCGCAAAGCUCGUGAUAUGGCAGUCACUAAAUGCUUAGCUCUUAGUUUGAUUGUCCUGUUCGGCACUGGGUUAGCCAAUGCUGCAAGGGUAGCUAGAUACUCUAGUUCCGAAGGAACCGGCACGGGAGGAGGAGAGGGUGGUGGGUCCGUCAAUGGUGCUGGAUCAGGGUCUGGGGCUGCUGUUGGGUCUGCAGGAAAUGAUGAAAAUGGGGGGUUCGUCCAUGGAAGUGGUGGUGGAGGAGGAGGAGGCGGUGGUGGUGGAAAAAAUGGUGGGUCUGGACGUGGAUCUGGAUCUGCCUUGGGCUCAGGCUCGACCCAGAUUGGUCCAGACCCUUUCGGUGGAUCUUCUAGUGCUAGUGGUCAUGGUGGCGGUCGAGGCGGAGGACAAGGUAGAGGCUACGAUGGAUCUAGUGGUUAUGGGAAUGGUGGCGGCACUGGCUCUGGUGCUAGUGAGUCAAACAAUGGGUACUGGCCCGGUGGUGCUUAUGCCAAUGCUAAUGCUUCUGGCAACGGUGGAGGGAGAGGCAAUGGUCAAAAUGGUGGAAGUGGUGGUGGCGAAGGUGGAGGAGGCGGAAACAGUGAUGGACACCCGUAA